CAGGGCACAUCCUGAAACUUGCGGUUCCGCCCCCCGCGCUAGUGACUUGGGCUGUGAGUUUCGCUGCCAGCCGGUGAAAAGUUCUCAGUUUGAGCCGAAGACUCAAAUCUGCUUAGAAAUUUUGGAGAACUCAGAGACUCUGGAGAGCAGCAAUAGCACCAUCCAAACAAACAAGACCACUGUGAAGGGAAUACGUAUUACUUUCCUGUCCUGGUGCUGCUCUGUCAGCUACAGAGGUGUCCAGAGGAGAAAAUCUUUAGGAGAAGCAUGUCUACUGACCAGGACCCCACAUUUACUGUGAAGCUGCUGCAGCUGCUGCUGCUCUCAACCUACUGGGGAAUGCAAAUUUGGGUCACCUUCAUUUCAAGCUUUGUGAUGGACAACCACCUCAACAGACACACAUACGGGUUCAUUCAGAGUCGCCUUGUUCCUUUCUACCUCCAUUUGGGUUCAGCCUGUGCCUUCUUUAAUCUCACCAUCUACGCUGUGUAUCAUCCCAAAGAAACGCUGGAUGAUAGAGAAGCCUUUCAGAUCUUCAUCUUCUUUGUGUCGGUGACAGUUGCUGCUGUCAACGCUCAGUGGUUUGGUCAGAUAAAAUCAGAGAUCAUGGCAGACAUGCACCUUAUUGAGCAGGCAUGCGGACUGGGUCAGGAUAUCGGACAGUCGUCUAACCGGGAGGCUUACGCCAAGAUGUGCGAGACGGAUGUGAAAUACAGACACCUCAGCAGCCGGCUUUGGUUGUACAGACUGCUGUCCUCUCUGUGUAACUUCUGCUGCAUAGGCUGCAACUUCUACAGUCUCUGUUACAUGGCUGAGAACCUGGUAACGCUGUAACAGUGACACAUUAAUCCAGCACAAAUCCAGAAACCCCUUCAUUUUAUACGAAAAAGGUAAUUUAUAUUUAAUUCAUGUCUCUUCUGGCUACAUGUGACUAUUGAGUUUGGAAUGAAAGGUCACAUAAUCCUUUUUUUUAUUUUAUUUUGGAAGUAAUGACAGGAUACAGCGUCACUCAGAAACAUUUGUCUCCUCCCUUGAGUGUUGUAAAGAGAUGAAUUAGUGACCUUUCACCUAGUGUGACUGGUGGUGGUGGCUGCCUUAAUAUUUCCCUUUUAACAGUAUAACAUGGUACCUUUCAGAUUACUAAAAUAGGUAAAAUAUCCUCUUUUUUUGUUUGUUUUAAAAUUUGUGUGUAAAGUGAGAUAGUUUAGUCCAUUGCAUUUUUUUGUGUACAAAUGCUAAUAAGUUUCCUGUGCUGUUCACUCCUGCUUCCUCCUCUUAGGGUGAGUGUUAAUAUUUUGCUCACAUUGUUGUGUCACAGGUUUGUCUAGCUUGUAUUGUUACCUCAAGAGCAGCACCUGCAUGUGCUUUCCGUUUCACAUUGAAAGGUUGUACUGUCUUUAGCUCCCCUGGCCGCUGCUGGAAUGAAACUGAAGUGUUCGGACACGGUUCGAGCACUGCUUUCGGGUCAUCCGUUAUAGACUUGCAUUGUGUCAGGAUUCACGUUUAUUGGUGUUUGGGAAGUAGUGUAUGUGAUUGAUCAGUAAAAGAGCAGUGACCCAUACUUGAAAGUUGUUACACAGCAGGUUGGUCUUGUUGUCAAAGCUUACCGACUGGAAGAGCUUCUCUCUGUACCUGUUAUUCAGUGCGCCAUUGAAGAGGACAUUAGCUAGGUUUCAGUGCAGUGCCAAAGGAAAUGUGAAGCCAGCUUUUGAAAUGACACUUCAUGGUAGAUGAAUAUCAAGCACACAUCAACACUGUAGAGUUUCAUGAGAAAUCCAGACAAAUUGGUCUGGAAAAGACGGCUGUUUGGAGCGCCCGGCCGGGAGACAGCAUGUGAGGUAGAAAUCACACCAUUGAGAAUAUCAGAUGAAGCUCCUCAUUGUGUUUAUAUUACUAUUGCAUGAUUCAUUUUCCACAAGAACGCAGAGCUAGUGGAAAGUAGCAUACAGGUCAGCAGGAAGGACCUCAGCAGCACACACACAUGCUCACACUGCAGGCACUCUCUUUUUUAUACAUCGUCUAACCUUCUGAUCUGGACAUUUUUACCAGGAUCCUGGGUGGAAAAUCUUCUGAGCCAGUGUUGCAGACGUUGGUGUUGUCAUUUGCCACCACUCCAGAACAUCUCACAAACAUUUUAGGACUCCAGUGCCUGUGUGAAAUCAGCAGGUGGCAGCACAGGAUAUGUUGUGCAUGGCAGUAAUAAACACAAGUAGUUGCUAAUAGAACACGGGAAGAAUGUGCAAACAAAACCAGUCAUCUUGUCCAUGUAGAUGAAACAGAUUAGAGUUUUUAAGGAAUUCUUUAUUUUAUUAUUGACUUCAUAAAGAUUAAAAGUUUUCUGUCUUGGGCAAAACUGGACAGGCAGCUGCCUUCUUUUACGUUAAUGCAGUUCAUUUGGUAAUGUUUAUUCUCUUGAAACACAAACAGCUGAUAGUUCAUGUUAACGGUAAAAUCUGCUCUGUCAGAAUCAGGUUACAUAAGGAAUUUCCAUCUGCACUGAAAUAAAUUCUUUAUCUUAAAAAAAAAUCCACUUAAAGAAAUUGUACAAUUUUUUGCAAGCUUUUUUUCCUCAAUCCACCUUUUAUGUACAACCUUUAAUAAAAUGCUGAUCAAAUAACUAAUGGAAACUAAACUACUGUUACUGUUACCCUCAGGUGGAAGGGGAUGCAUUGAUGCUGAAAGGAUUAUUAGGAUGUUUGACGUUACUGUUCAGUCUUGCUGAUCUGCGUUGGUCUGUUUGGACUAAACCAUAAAAACAACCAGGAACGUCAUGGUAGACUUGGUAGUGUAACACAGGCCAGUAGCUAUUAGACAUCAUUGGCUUAAGCUGUGAUCAUUAACAGUAGUUGUAACAGCACAGACAUUUUCUAUCUUAAUUUAUUCUUGUGUGUUAGUGCUGCAGCUUCAUGACUGCAUUGAAGGGAAAACAAUAUAAGAUGGGGUUUAAGGAGGGAAAAAUCUCACUGAGCUUUUAGGGCUUUAGAGGAGGGUCUAGUGACUUUUAGCUGCUUCAUUAACAUCCUAGGAAUACUUGUGAAUAUGUUUUAUUUUAAAGUGUAAAUAGGGAAAUCAUGUUUGUAUCUACUUGUAAAGGAUUUUUAAAGAUGCUUGAGGGUCUGUGUCUGGAAUUUCUUAAGCUUGUUUUAAGUACAACCUCCUAUCACUGUACAUCGGUGUGUUUGUAUUGGUUGUAGUCUGGCUGUGGGGAAAGACUAUGCAGACAUGAACUAAAGCUUAAUUAUUUUUAACCCUUACUCAGCAGUUUACAGACUCAGACUGUUCGAACUUAGUUGAAUUUUGUUUAAAAUGCUUCAAAUUAAGCAGAGGACUCGCACCAAGUUCGUCUUUUUCUUCUCAUUCUACAUCUUGAAUUUAUGCUAAAACUGCUGUGACAGUCCAUCAUUUUUUUAUAUCUAUGUGACCAAUUUCUGAUUUGUGUGCUUUUUCCUUCUAGCUAGUUUUUAACUAAAGUUUAAAAAGUGAAGGUCCUGAAAAUGCUUUAUUUGUCUGAACACAUUGGACUGGUAAAGGUGCUUUUUUCCCCAUUACUAUUAUUUAAAUUUACCCAUUACUUGCAAAAACAAUGCAACAUUAUUUGGUAGCUUUCAGUUGUACAGCUGGUAGUUCCUUGCUGCCUGUAGGCUCUGCCAGUAUAUGUGUAUGUGUGUCUAUAUAAUUAAAUAUUUUACAUUAAAUUGUAUCACCUUCCUGAAAUUAUGGUGUUUAAAUUAGGGGGACUAUAAAACAGUCUGUACUUAAAGAUCAAACAUAUUAAAAGCAGGACAAGCUGUCAUGCUUCCAGUUUGUAUCAAAUGUGAUUUUAUUUCUUUUUUGUAAUAAAAUUUUAU